AUGACUGUCGCAUCGAAGAAGGAAGAAGAGGAGGAAACUGGAUAUCUGGGCCCGGUUUCCCAAGGGCAUCUUAAGGCAUCCAAUGGUUCUAACGAUGAACGUUCCCUGGUUAACACUCGAGAGAGACGUGACUAUUGUGGGUCCUCUGGGGAGCCUCAACAACAUCAUGAUGCUGACGAUGACGAGGCAGAGAAAAGUCUCUCCAGAUCAGAACACAUCAAGAAACACCAGCGAGAACACACAGGAAAGAAAUCUCACCACUGUUUUGAGUGUGGGAAGAGUUACUUAAGAUCAAAUUCACUGAAAGUACACCUGAGAAUACACACGGGAGAGAAACCUCACUGCUGCUCUGACUGUGGGAAGAGAUUCACCUCUUCAGUGGACCUUAAAAUACAUCAGAGAAUUCACACUGGAGAGAAACCUUAUGGCUGUGAUCAAUGUGGGAAAAGUUUUACUCAGCCAAGCAACCUGAAAUCACACCAGAGAAUACACACAGGAGAGAAACCAUAUAGCUGUAAUCAAUGUGGGAAGAGUUUUAUUCAGUCAAGCAGCCUGAUAGUGCACCAGAGAACACACACAGGAGAGAAAUUGUAUAGCUGUAAUCAGUGUGGGAAGAGUUUCACUCAGUCAAGCAGCCUGAUAGUGCACCAGAGAACACACACAGGAGAGAAGCCAUAUAGCUGUACUCAAUGUGGGAAGAGUUUUGUUACAUCUGGCUGUCUGAAGACACACCAGAGAACACACACAGGAGAGAAACCUUAUAGCUGUGAUCAAUGUGGGAAGAGUUUUACUCAGCCAAACAGCCUGAUAGUACAUCUGAGAACACACACUGGAGAGAAACCUCAUAGCUGUGAUCAAUGUGACAAGAGAUUCUCUGAUAAAAGAUUUCUGAUCAAACAUCAGAAAAUACAUGGAGUCGUUUCAUGAUAUCAAUGAAUUAAUGUCACAAUGUAGAAUGUUUUAACAUUGUAGUAGGAGUAUUUUAAUGAUGUCACAAUGUAGAACCCUAAACGUUUGUCCCCUGUUUAUUUGAUAUAUUUAUAUAUCUAUAUCUCCUCAUCAGGGGAAAAAUCCAGGCUCUGAAAUGGAUGGGUACUAUUUAUGUGAUUUAACAAAAAGUGACUAACAAAAAAAGAGUUGUGUAACACUUACCACGUUGGUGGCCCACUUGAUUCAAAAUGUAACCCUUCAAAAUGUAUCUGUCUUCUUCAGGUUCUCUAACCAGUGAGGUAAAAGAUAUCUCCCAUUUCCAUGUGUUUUUUUA